CGGUUUGCAGAACAUUCAUCCACCGAUUAAUUAGAAGCAGACCGGAGCUUUUCCACCAAACAACUCGUCCUCGUGCGCGCUCUCUUCCCGUGUGUUGCUCGUCGGUGUGCGUCCUUUGACGUGUUGGCACCAAAGCCAAAGAAACAGCAACAUUCAGAGGACGUGGAGAGGACUUAUGUCAUUAUUUGGGAUUUUUUUUGACAAAGCUGUGAUCUGAAUCACGCGAAUAAUGGAAAAAUAAAACAGCGGAGUUUUGCCAUCCGCCGCACUUCAAAGGUCUGCAGCUGCACGGUGAAAGCUCAGAAGACACGUGGAGACACAUCUGCAUCUGAAGACGCACCGGGACAGUCCUCCGCUGCUCUCUCUCUGUGUGGAUGUAAAGCGCUGCAGUUAUCAGAGGGCUCUGGGUUCGGUCACACCCCCCCAGCGGAAACUCGAUCCACCGACCCGUCACCCUUGCCAGCUAACCGGGGCGCCCCGAGCUGGAGGUGCGGGGGUGGGGGACGCCAUGGGACGAUCCACAUAUUGAUGUGCUGGGCUGUUGAUGGAGAGGAUUUCGAAUGUCAGCCGGGACCGUGGUCAUCGCAGGAGGAAUUCUGGCUACAGUCAUCUUACUGACCAUCGUCGCUGUGCUGUGUUUAUGUAGGCUGCAGUACUACUGCUGUAAGAGGGAGGAGUCUGAGAAGGGGGAGGAGGGGGAACCAGAGCUGGACACCAUGUCCCCGUCCCGGCCCCUGGCUCUGUCCGCUCCCUCGACACCUCCGACGCCGCUGCGCUACUUCGAGGAGCCGGACAGCUACCCGCCCACCUUCCUCACCGAGGCCAACGGGCCCGCCAGCUGCUACUCCUCCACGCCGCCGCUGCCGCCUCGCAGGUGCCAGCGCUCGCACGGCUUCUGCCCGUCCUGCGCCCGCUGCUCGCUGCCCUUCUACCUGCAGCACCCGGAGAGGCUGUGCAACGGCGGGCGCCGGAUCAGCUACCGGACGGUCCAGCAGCAGGACCUGGAGCUCCCCAUGGACCUGGAGAGCCUCUACCAGAAGCUCAACCUCAUCCGCUCCGUCACCAUGAAGGAGGUGGUCACCCAGAGCGUCAGCACCGACGUCUGAGGUGGAGGCGGGAGGUGCACCGACGCAACGUGAACACACUGAUGUACCACAGCCCCGAGGGCUUCUGGGUAAUGCAACGCAUGGCGGCCAUAUUGGAGGUCUGCAGCUCUGGAGCGACUGCAACCUUUGUGAAGGAAUCAAACUGACAUCAGUUGGAUCAUUUUGACCAAUAUGUUUAGGAAAGAAGCUUGUUAGCUACUCAGCCAGUUUGUGUGUGGAUCAAAGUAUGAAGGAGAACAUUUACAAUUCGGGAUUCCAUCAAUGGAUCAAACACACAUUUUGACAGAAGUGGAGGUAAAACUCCAAACAAAUAGACUUUUUUAAAGGAUGAGUCUUGUCAAUUAAUCCCACGUGUCGACCAGAAACCCCACUGAAUGUGCGAGGAGUACAAAAUAUUGUGUUUGUAUCCAGAGGCGUAAAUGUGACUCUGAACCAUGCGAACAGCAAAAAUCACGUGAAAUCCUCUUUUCUAAAAGUCUCUCUUCUCCUUUUUGUAAUCCAACCUCAGUCAGCAGCAGCCUGGCCGGAUUGGAAAUGUUCAACUAUCGCACCGAAAAAAGGAUCUCAUUGAAUGAUGUUAAACCAUAGAUGGGAAAAAAGAUCAGCGUUCUACAAAAGAUUCACAAAUGACUUUUUGACGCAAUAGAAAUCCACCUAAAUGAGGUUUUUCUCCUUGAAUCAAACCCACCAUUGAUAGAAGUGAGGAUUGUGUCCAAUAGUCUGACUAUCUUUGUAAUAGUCAAUUAUUAAAACGAUCUGCACUAUUGAUGUUACGCAUUACUUAAAUGGUUCUUUUACCAGCUUUGGUCAAAGAUCUCACAACAGCAUUACAACGUGUGUGUUGUUCUGCCUCGUUGUGUUGCUACACAAGUUGAGACUUUGUAGGAAACCAAUGGGCCUCGUAGCUGAGAGACACGUGUUGGUUUUGGUCUUUUCGUGGGAUUAAUUAGCCAGAAUCUGUAGAUUUCCUCCUUUAGUGUGCGGAGACAGGAGCAUUGACUUCACCUGUGAUGUGUGCUCCGUUACUGAUGUGUACUCAUGAUGCACCGAGCAGCAUCUGUGUUUGCUGUCCUGCUCCCCGAGGUGAAGCUCCUCAGGUGUCUCCAGGUGCUCCGAUCUGCCCGGCCAGCUCACCUGAGACGGCCGAAAGCUACCUUUUACCAGUGAUUCUUCGGUUCUGUGGAUAAAAACCAUUGUACAGUAUUUGUGCACAUUAGUUAUCGAUUUGAAAGCAUUAGUUAUACAUUUGCACACAUUUGACAUUUGAAAGAAGGCACAUUAUUGUAAUAUUCUCCACAUUCACCUCCUGCUGAGCUCUGUACCGUACGGUGUUGUUAAAGUCUGAAUUCAUCUGGAGUUACAUGUGAGUAACAUCCAGAACUAUGUCUGAAUGUCAGAAACAAGCAGGAGUUUCAUUGGUAAUCAGUCAAUUUCUUUUUAUUUCUGUCAUAAAUUAUAUUUGUGAUGAGCGACAUUUAAAAAAAACACAUUCUUGAUGUGAAAAUCACCUUAAAUCACCUUCAUUCUUUAAAUUAACUGCUUGACCAGUUGAAAGUAAAAAAAUAAAUGAAUAAUUAUAUAUAAGUAUUUAUGUAAAUAUAUACAAAUUGAAAUCUCGAACACUGAAGACACAAAUGUGAGACAUUUUUAUAUCAAGAAUUGAAUUGAUUUGAAUUAGAUGGAGUUUGUUUUUCGGUCAAAGUAAAAAGAGCAUCUAAGCGACAUGUAGCUUGUGUUUGUGUUCACAUGUGUAGCUUUGUCUUCGCAGCACUGUGUUUUCUCGUGUGUGUGUGUUAGAGCGUGUGGCUUCCUGUUCGCCUGCAGAGCGCCGCGGGGAAACAAAUGUCAAAUCCAAAAGGGCUUUUCUUAAGCGACUGUGACCUGUGAAGGACGCUCACUUCAACGUCCUCGGCUCCCUGUGAGUGUCCACACGAGUGGAGGGAGCUGCUGGACUCGCACGUCGUCCUGUCCGUCACCUCAAAAGCAAAACGGGUGAUGAAAUAGUCUGCUGCUGUUGAAAUAAA